GAGAAGGGGCGCGCGCUGCACAUGAAACUCUCCAAACGCUCGCGGCGGGACUCUCAGGGAAUUCAUCCGCACCGCGCUCGACCAUCGUCCGAUUGACAUGUGGCGAUGUUCCGCGCAGGAUCCCAGAACGCGGACCUGUGUUGGCUGAUCCUCCUGGGCUUCUCGUGCCUCCAGGAGGCCAGCGGCAGAGCAGCCGAUGCAGGCGGCUGCCAUGAGGUGAAGACGGCCUACAUGAUGCGCCAGAUCGGCCCGGUGGAGCUUGUACCGGACAGGCCCGGAACAGGAGAGUCCCUCCGAUUAUGUUCCCACCCGGGACCCACCUGCUGUACCGGUAAGAUGGAGGACAGCUACAUGACUGCAGUUCGCACUGAAACGCAGCAGAAGAUGCGCUCGUACAGUUUUGAGCUCAAGUAUCUGAUUGCUGGACACACGAAGGCCUACCAAGAGACCUUUGACUCGCUUGUAUCCUUCACGUCUGAUCUGACCAGCACUCUCUUCGACAGUGCCUACUCCACUCUUGCAUCCGACUCUAGACCUCUAGUGUUGCAACUCUUUAGCGACGUCAAACGUCACUUAUCCGGAGACCCACACUCCUCCCUGGACACUGCUGUGCGCCGAUUCUACGAUGAUCUCUUCCCACUGGUGUAUCGGCGUGUACUCAACCCAGGGCUCGGCCACACAUCGCGUUCCUUCCCUUCCACUAAUCACGAUGACUGCCUGCGGAUGACUCGGCAAGAUCUAAGCCCAUUUGGACCCCACCCCUGGCUCCUCACCAGCAGCUUGUCUCGUGCACUCAGACCUGGUCGAACGCUAAGUCAGCUGCUGAGACUUGCUGGAGAAGUUGUAAAUGCUACGGAGAAGGCAACGCUAUCCAGAGAGUGUGGGCGGGCCUUAGUGAGGAUGCAGUACUGUUCCCACUGCAAAGGACUGACACUGAUUCGGCCCUGUACCGGACUGUGCAUCAACAUAAUGAGGGGAUGUCUGUUGGGUGUAUCCGAGCUGGGUGCACCGUGGAGCAGCAUGGUGGUGUUGCUACAACGGUUGUCUGGUACUUUAGCCACUAGCAGCAAUCAGAACAGCUUGGAGUUAGCUCUUUUAGCUGUCCGAAACCACGUUAAUGACGCUAUUCUACAUGCCCAACUGCAUGGACCCAGGAUAACAACUCUGGUAGAAAAGGUGUGUGGGUCCCAGGUGCCAGGUCCCAUGAUCUCUACUGAACAUUCAUCACACUGGCACACAACCACUCGUGAGACUUCAAGUUUUAAGAGGUCACAAGUGACUUCACCUUCUUCCCUUCAGCAGAGUUUGCAGUCCAGAAAGUCUUUACCACUUAAAAGUUCAGGAGGGGGUAAAAGCCGGAGCUUGAAAAAACUGUCAAGGGAAUUUGAGGGCUCUAUCCAGCGGUACCAGUGGUUUUUUUCGGAGUUACCAGAGAUGCUUUGUGAAAGUGAGAUGGAAGUUGAGCAACACACAUGCUGGAGCGGCCAAGAUGUUGUAGAGAGUUAUGCAGGUCAUGUUGCUGGGAGCUCUUUAAAAGCUCAGAAGGAGAACCCAGAGAUGAGCGUGCGUAAUACAGAUGCAGUCCUGAAGGGGGCGAAAAAGAAGCUGGAGCAGAGGACACAGGAACUGCUGGUGGAGCUCGGCUGGGCCAGCAAAGGACGGGAACGGGAAGACCGCGGAGGAAGCAUGGAGAAGAAGGAAGGGGGCAGUGGAGAAGAUUGUGAUGAUGAAGAUGGCUGUGAAACAUCUGGUCAGGAGAGUGGUGACGAAAUAUCCAGCGGGCACAGUCCAGAAACAAAAGAUCUUGCUGCUCCUCAUCAUCUUCACCCAGUCCCUCCUCAUCUCCACUCACCUCCACAGGUGGUGGUGCGUGACUCAGCCCAUCUUCUGACUUCUGGACCUCUAACGUCUGUCAUUCUGCUGCUGCUUCUGCUGUGCCCAUGGGCACCCCGCUGAACAUGAAUAGACGGGUCUUUAGAGAGGGACAGAAAAGCCUGAACAGCAGCUACGUUGUGCAUUGUUUUGUGUGGUGGCCCUGGAGUUUGAGCACCUCGUCUGCUCCGAUUGCUUCGGCUGGUCCACCUGAUGGAAUGAGCUGCUAAAUUUCUACAGCUGCUGAUGCACAAUAUUUGCAUUUUUGUAUUACCUGUACUGACCUCCACACAUGUUCAUAUCUGUUUAACUGAUCAGAUAGACUGCACGAUACUACUGACUGUUUUUUUUUUUUUUUUCAAUUUGAAGAAGAGUGUAAAUACAAAUAUAUAUAAAUUCUAUAUUUAUAUGAAGAAUUUGAAUAGAUAACAUUGUUUUGAUGUGUGAAUAGAGAUUAAUAUAGGGUUCAGAAACAACAUUUGCAAACUUAGACCCAAGUCUAAGUUGGGUCUAAGUUUGAAACUGGAGGAAGAAAAAGCAAGAGCUUUUUAAGCGUCCAAGAAUGAUCCGGCUGCACAAAUUCAGAUUGAGUUAGAGUCAUUGUUUUUUUUCAACCAAUAGUUAUGAAGCACAUUUUCUUUGUCUCAAACAUCUUCUGACAGCAGCAUAAAAGCUCCUAUAAAAGGUAGCCUGAUUGUAUGUGUAGGUUGAUUUUUCAUUAAGCAAGAGGACUUUUAUUCCUCCUUAUCUUUUUUUUUCACAAAAGCUCUAUUCUGUUAAUGUGAGACAGGUUUAUCCUUGUAAUAUUUGCAGCACUGAAGGCUGAAAUUGCUCCACAGUCAACUAAAAACUUGGCAUAGGGGGUCCAGUUGUUUGCUGAGUACUCUUCCAGGAAACAGUGCUAUGGUUAUUUUAGUCUUAGAAAUCAUAAGUGAAAUCAGCUAAAUCUCUUUUUUUGAAUGGUCAGAACUCAGAAAUAGGAAAGAAACAAUGCUUUUUUUUAAUGUGUUUCAGUUCCUCUUUUCUCACUAAACAAUAACAGGCUACCAAAACAAGACAAGACAGAAAAAAGAACAGCCGUCUGCCCAGACAAUGAAUAAUAUAACAUUUCACUGUCAUAUGCAAAAGAUAAACUGUCAUGUUCUUUCAAAGACUGGCUUGGAACCAAAUGAGACUGAAUAGAUGCUAAAAAGAAAAAAAAAGGAAAAAUCCACAAUACUAACAAUUUACUGCCUUUCAUUUUAUUUAGUCCUGUUCUCUGAAUUUUGUUUUACACAUGUUCAAUUAAGUCAGCAGUGAUGGAAACCAUUGAGGGAGCUGCCAACUAUUUAAUAUAAAUAAACAGCAUCAGAAUUGUAUGGCUUUGUGCUAAGUCUCAACCCUCUCCGCAUAAGGUCCAGAUAGAUACCUGGAACAUUGAUGGAACAUGUUGAGAAGGAUGUGAAUGACUCAACUAACUAUUUGUCACCUUGUGGAGUGCUAUUUAAAACAUAAAACUAUUAGUAAUAUUGUAAAACUGUACUUCCUCUCCUGCAGUUUUUUAUGAGGUAAUACUACAAAUAUUUUUAAUCUGUUUGCUAGACUGCAACUGCGAUGGCCUUGUAUUGAAGCAAAAACUGUAUAAUUGUAAUAAUUAGGAACUAAGCGAAACAGGUUGAUGUAAAAAUCUUAUUCAUUUAAAGCAUCUCACGUUUUUUUUAGACAAAGCGAAAACCAGGAUCAGCCAGCAAUACAUUUUCAGGAGGAUCUUACAAAAGUUAUUUUUAUACAUUUUACAUCCUCAUUAAAUAACAGUGAUUUAUAUUUAAUAAGAUGUCUAAGAUAAUAGAAUAACAAUGUUAAAACUAGAUCAAUGUUAAAACUAGAUCACUUAACUGUUAAAUAAAAAAAGUUGUAUGUUUUUGAAUUUAGUUCAUAACUGCACCACUGUUGGUCCUGCAUUUGUGUGAAAAGGUCCGAUGGUGUGCCAAGAACAAGCUGCAUUGGGUAAAUGUCGACAUGGAAAAAUGUCUCAAGUUUAAAAGCUGGUGUUAAAUGCAAAGAACCACAAUGCAACAUUCGUCCUGCGAGCUCGGCUGUGGUUGCUCUGUAAACCACUGAGCUCCUGUAAGUUCUACCUGCUCACUUACUGCUAAAUCUUGUCUUGUCACUCUGUUCUGUUUUAAAAUCUUCAUAAAUAAUAAACAUUUUCCAAAAUAA